AGAGGUAGAGAGAGAGAGCGCUCCUCUUCCUUCUCUUUUUUCCCUUUUGCUUUUCAGCUCUGGGAAGACGCCCUCUCCCUUUCUCUCCAGUCCUACUAAAACAUCAAAUUAUCCAACGGCAAAAAGAAAGGGAAACGUAAAAAAUGGCUGAAGACUUGAAGAGAAACGGCGCUUUAGCUCUGUCCUUGAAGCAAUCUUCCGAUGAUCGGAAGAUUUCGUUGGCGGCAUCAGCCAGCAAGAGGGUCAUCAUCAAGAGCGCCGAUAUGAAGGAUGACAUGCAGAAGGAGGCCAUCGAUAUAGCCAUCGCCGCUUCGGAGAAUCACAGUGUGGAGAAAAACAUUGCGGAGUAUAUCAAGAAGGAGUUUGAUAAGAAGCAUGGACCUACCUGGCAUUGCAUUGUCGGUCGCAAUUUCGGUUCAUAUGUGACUCAUGAAACAAACCAUUUUGUUUACUUCUAUUUGGACCAAAAGGCAGUCUUGCUGUUCAAAUCUGGUUGAGAGUGGUGAUGAUGUUGACUAAGACAACAAAGAUGAUGGUUCAUACAUGACUCAGAUAAACUACUUUGUUUGCUUCUAUUUGGAUCAAAAAGCAGGCUUGCUGCUCAAAUCUGAUUGACCUUGGUGAUAAUACUGUUGAUGAAGACGAUGACAAUGAUGUUGGUGGAUUUAUGAUUAUGAUGCUAUAGGUAGCACAUUUAUGUACUAGUUGAAAACCCUAGCCAGCAGAAUGUCUAGCAGGACAUCCAUGUGCUUAACUUGUAUAUUUGCUUGUACUUGAAUUGGAUUUCAACUUUGAACUAAACCUUAUUCUCAGUGCCUCACUUGAUUGUUUCUUUUGGAGCUUUGCUUGUUAGUUUUACUAGUUCUUGAUAUUGUUAGUGGACACUACAGAACUUUUACAAUAGGUGAUAUGGAACUUGAACAACUUUGUC